AUGGGAAUCUGUUUGGAUACAGAUAAAAGUGAUGGUUCUCAAACGUUCGAAGAAGGACAAGAUACUUGGGCACAAAAUUCACCCAGAACUGCAGCAAAUAUCGCUACACCUCCGAUGGGUAAAUUUCCUAUGCUCAAUGGCACAAAUGUACAUUUCGAAGCACCGAAAGUGCCCGUCAUAUUCGUUUUGGGAGGUCCUGGGAGUGGUAAGGUGACGCAUUGUGACAGUUUGAUGCAGGAAAAACAAGGAGUCACUCAUAUCAACAUGACGGAUCUUCUACAGCAAUACGCAAUAGGAAACGAUAUGCCAGACUUCGGUGUUCUUUCUAGUAAAACGGUAACAGAGGUACUCAUGUUGGAAAUGAAGAUGUCACCAAAAGCAAAAACUUACCUCAUAUCAGGAUAUCCAAGGAAUAUGCGGGACGUUGUCGAAUAUUCGGAGAAGAUACAAACUGUCCAAGGUGUAAUUUUAAUAUCGUGGAGGCAGAAAAUUUUGGAAAGACAAAUAGAUUAUGGUGCCAAAUUAGGUCAAGUUGUUUUAUCAUUAGCUCGUAUGGAACUCAAUAAUUUUUACAGGAACGUCAUCCCUGUAGCUGAAUAUUUCGAUCAAAGCAAUAUGUUAAUAUCAAUAAACGGUGAAAGAGUUCCAGCGGAAGUUUACCAAGACUUCAAGGCUGCUAUAAUACGAAUCCUAGGAAUGCAGGAUAAUCCUCCGUUGUUCGCUAAUGGAAAAGUAGCUCCUGUACCUGACGAUGUUGUAACAAGUGAACUUCCUCGUAUAACAUCAACACCCACAGCAGAAAGAUCUCAAUCAACACCGGACCGGCCGAAAACUAGAGUGAUUUCAGUUAAUCCCAGUAUACCAAACUUCAGAUCACCCACGAAAGCUUAUCCGUUGGUAUUAUGGGUGAUCGGUGGUCCUGGUAGCAACAAAGCGGUGUUGUGUCAAAACGUCUCUAGUGAAACCGGAUGGCAGCAUGCCAGUCUUGGAAGAAUACUGAGAUCUAUUGCAGAUCAACCGGACGCGAAAAAAAAUAAAGAAAUAGCGAAAUUGAAGGAAUGUAUCAGUAACGGGGAAUUGGCGCCGGAGAAUUUCGUUUCGAAACAAGUGGAGAAAAUAAUGAACGAGAAUAUAGGAAAGGAAGGUUUGAUUUUGGACGGAUAUCCUAGGGAUAUGGCGCAAAUUGCCGAGUUUGAAUCAAGGUAUAAACAAAAACCGGCAGUCAUUCUAUUGGACUGUUCCAAACUUCAAUUGGGAAGAGGUCGAUUGGAUGACAGUGUUACAGCUUUUAGAAGAAGAUUGGAAAUUUUUAGACAAUCUUCUUUGCCAAUGUUACGUGCAAUGGAUAGUAUUGGAAGAUUGACAAUAGUAGAUGGUGACACUGAUGCGUUGCCAGUUCAGACCGAUUUCAAAAACGUCGUCAAAGAACACAUCGAAUAUCUAAAAACCCAAUCACAAGAAACUGUUCAAAACGGCUACGUGUCCAAUGGGAACGUAUCGAACGGUCACGCGUUUUCGAAUGGUCAUUUACCAAACCAAGAUACGCAGCUUGAAGAUCUCGAAAACGAACCAAUAGAAACGAUAAGUAAAAGUGUGAGUAAUGGUGUACAUAACAUGACUAACGGUCAUGUAAAGACACACACAAACGGUUUUGUGCCUAACGGGUUGACGGAAAUCGAAGGACACAUUUAA